AACAAUGAAGCAGCCAUCAAGCACCAACAUUUCAAUGAACGCCUGUUUGCUCAUAAGAAUUUCUUCUGCAUAGCACUCUCGGGCUUUUGUUUCAUAAUUUGUGAUCUCUCUGAUGCAUUUCAUCAGUGUUGCCUCCGGAUCACCAUUUCUGUCUAGAAGACCUUGUAAGUAGUCAAACUUGAUCUUCUCUUUGUCUUCAAGAUGUUUCUCGCCAUGGUGAAAAGGGCCGAUGGAAAACGCGUUGGGGAUGUAUGCUUCCUUAUUGUGCCUGUGAAGUAUGCUGGGAAUCCUGAAGAUGCAAGGUGUGGAUGAACUUUUAGUAUCACCACUCAUCUUGCUCCUCAUGUUAGAUGCCAUGGAUUCAAUUUCUCCUGCCAUGAUCAACUUUUGCCCUCUCCAAGUAUGUCUAAGCAAGAAUCCUUUCAAGGAAAAAUGAAGAUAGAGUGUUUCUUAAGCAAAGUAGUAUAUAUGUGAAGAAGAAUUGUUAAGAACUCAGCUAAAAAGGGUUCUGUUUUACGUUCAAUCCCUGCGAUAUAAGUAGUGUUAUGAUGAUUGAUAGAGGGAUACUUCGCUCUCCAUGAAAAAAUGUACAUACUCUAGUUGUUUAAUAUUAUGUAUUUUUUUUGUUUUUUUAAUCAAUACCUUUAUUACAC